CCGAUCAGCUGGCGCAAUCGAACAAAAUGCAACUUCCGGUCGCAACGGUUGGAUUGGUUUCCAUUUUCCUCGCGGUGAACCCGCGCAUCGGGGCAGCGCAGAAAAAGGAGACCAACAAUGUGUUCAAUACAACCUCGUGCCUUGAGAAACCAUACCGCUGUCCACACCCGAGGAUCAAGUUCUAUCUCUACACGCGGCGCACGCAGCAAAACCCGGAGCUGAUCGACGUCCAGGAUCCGGAGUCGCUCUACUACACGCACUGGAACCCGACGCACCCGGUGAAGAUCGUCAUCCAUGGGUUCGGCGGUGGGCGCAAUCUGUCACCGAGCCCGGACAUGCGCAAGGCGUACUUUACGCGCGGCAACUACAACAUCAUCAUCGUGGACUACGGAACGGCCGUGACCGAGCCGUGCCUGAGCCAGAUCGAGUGGGCCCCACGGUUCGGCAGUCUGUGCGUGUCGCAGCUGGUCCGGUACAUUGCGCAGCAUCCUCGCGGCGUUCCACCCGACGAUAUGCACCUGAUCGGAUACAGCGUCGGGGCGCACAUUGCCGGACUGGUGGCCAACUAUCUGGGGCCGGCCGAAGGCAAGCUGGGCCGCAUUACCGGGCUCGAUCCGACCAUUUUCUUCUACGGCGGCUCGAACAACUCGCGCGAUCUGGAUCCUUCCGAUGCGCACUUUGUGGACAUAAUACACACGGGCGCCGGCAUACUGGGUCAGUGGAACCCGGGCGGUCACGCAGACUUCUACGUCAACGGGGGCACCAGCCAACCCGGAUGCGCUAGUUCGACCAUUUUUCAGACACUGGCCUGCGAUCAUACGAAGGGGACACCGUACUUCAUCGAGUCCAUCAACAGUGAGCGUGGCUUUUGGGCGGGACCGUGCCCAACGCUCAUCUCGUAUCUUCUUGGCUGGUGCGAACCGAAGGACUCCGAUUACGUCCUGAUGGGGGAGCACGUUACGAAAGCGGCCCGUGGCGUGUACUACGUGACGACCAACUCCAAACCGCCGUACGCCCGUGGAUUUCCGGGCAAAAAUCGACGAACGGCCAAAACUUCCGAGUAUAGCGGCGUGCGGCGGAAGUAA